AUGGCCAAACCAAAAGCCAAAAAGCAAAAACUUCCAUUCGUCCCAAUCCCAAAAGUUCAUCGGGUCCAAGAAAUCCCGGCCCACGAAAGAGAUCCAUCCCCACCACCACGAUACGAGGAGCCGGCAUGCUGUACCUCUACUCUCGUUCUCUUCUUCUUCAUGAUACUUAUCACCUUCUCAUCUUUUCUGAUAUACAAUUUUUGGCCUGUUCGCGUUCAAUGCACUAAAGCGGAAACUGUUCUUCACAAAUCGUGCAUUGAAAAAAUUGAAAGGAUCAAAGCGAUAUUGGAUACUACUAUUCCGGAUUUCUCGGCGACACCUAUCGGGAGAGAUGUGGCAAAAAAGUGCCAGGAAAUGGAUGAUUGUCUCUAUGCGAUCGAAUGCCGUAGUUUAAAACUCAACGACUCCCUCCCCGACCGAUGCGCCAUCUAUCAAUUUUUCGAGACGGAUUUCAAAAAGUGUCGUGAGAGAAUGGAAAAAAUGAUCGACUUGCCCGUUUGCGUUACCAAAUUUCUAUCUACAACGGGUCCAAUCGAAUGCGAUGUGCUUCAGGAGCACGUCGAAUGCUAUAAAGAUCAUGUCAGUUUGAUAUGCGAUGACGAGAGCUCGCUUUUUCAUUUCUGGUUGCGCAGACAUAUUGACGAUUACGCCCAGAUUAUUCAGUGUCAGUUGGAGUACUAA